AUGUAUGAGAGUUCAACUAUGGCACCGAAGAUGUUAGCUAAUAACCAUAAGAGGCCGAGAUAUAAUCCGCCCUCAAUAUCGAUACCUAAUACCAGUAGUGACGAUUCAUUUAUGGAUACUACUGGCAAUGAGAAGAACAGAGAUGAAACUUAUGUUCCAGUUGCAGAUGACGAUACUACGGACAGUUCAUAUCUAAAUGACGACUUGUCGGCUUCUUUGAAGGAUAUGUCUAAUUGCACCCGAGAUUUGACUUCUGGAAGUAUUUCAUUGGAACUGAACACCGAUGAAAUACAUUUGAUAGACCAAGUUGUUAGUAAUGUCACCAUUGGAGAUACCGAACAUAUUCUUGUUGAAAAUAGUGACAAUUCAAUAAUCGAAAAUUCUGACACCAACAAUAUUUUAGAGUUAUCUAAUUACCACACAGAUAUGUAUAUUCCAGCAAUAGAAAGUAAAGAAUCAUAUAUUAUAAAAAAUCAUACGGUUACUAGUCAAUCAAUGCCACCAUGUCAGACUAUUGAUGCUUCAAAUAAAUUGGAGCAGUCUCAGUACCAUGAAAAUGUAUUGGUUCCAACAGUUGAAAGUGUAGACCCGUAUGUAAGCAAAAAUCAUACCGUAACAAGUCAGUCUUCAUCGCCAGGUCAGAGCUCUAAUCCUUCGAUACGAGACCUAGUACCCACAACGUCGACAUAUACAGCUGAUAAUGAUAGUCCCAGUUCUUAUUACAGCCAUCACUCAGACUACUUAGAAAUUGAUAAUAGUGACCAAGAUGAAACAUACCAUCCUGCAUCUACCCCAACGUAUUCCGACUCUUCAAAUGACGCUAGUUUUAAAGAAGAACCCAUGAGUAGUGCUGAUUAUUCUGAAGUAAUAAGUUCCAAUGAAUCAGGAAAAAAGAAAAAAAGAACAAGAACCAAAGAUUAUUGCUUUUAUUGUGAAACUGAUGUUUUAAAUUUUGCGAGGCAUAUUGCACGGAAUCACACAAUGGAAUGCGAGGAUUUAAUGGAUUUAUUGAAACCACAAAACUACGAUGUGAUAGUAACUGCGACCAAAAAAGUAUCCAGUUACAAUAAUCAAACAGAUCGCUAUGGUGCUCCUACAUACGCAAUGAAUAUUAGCACAAGCCUAAAACAGUGUUUUAAUAUUGCAAUAAUGGCGACUUUGAAAUCUGAUAGCAGUGUAAAAACUGUUGUCAUUGAGGCUGAUCUCAAGACACUCAUACAUCUGAUUGAGUUAAAUUGGAAGUUUGACGUUUCUAGUCAAGCGAGUAAUGACUUAAAUUUAAAAAAAUGGAACAAAGUCACAAUUGUUCCACUUGCGAGUGACUUGAAAAUGCUAAAGCAAUAUAUCUGCGACAAAGCUAAAUCAGCAGCCUCCAAAUUAGUAGAGAGCGAAAACAGUAACAUUGAAGCAUAUGUUACUUUAGCGGAGACAAUUUACUGUCGCAUACUUUUAUUAAAUAGGCGUCGACCUGGAGAACUGCAGCGACUUCUCCUUAGCACACACCAAGAGUGCCAUAAUAAUAGUUAUGCCCAUGAAGAAUUUGGUAGAGCUAUUUCAGAUGCUGAAAAAAUGCUAAUUAAAUCUUUUAAGCGUAUAGUUAUAAGAGGUAAAAGGGGCCGAGGUGUGCCGGUUCUACUGACUGACGAAGUGCAAGCCGACAUUGACUUACUUAUAUCUAUCAGACAGAAAUAUAUUAGUAAAAAAAACCAGUUCCUAUUUGCAAAGCCUGGGUCGGAAAACACAUUAUGUGGGUAUAAAGUAUUGGAGAAGUAUGCUAAUGCUAGUGGAGCUAAAAAUCCUACAGCAAUAACCACUACCAAGUUACGGAAACAUUUGGCAACGCUUACGCAAAUGUUUAAUAUGAAAGAAACCGAUAUUGAACAACUGGCUAAUUUUAUGGGUCAUACUCAGGCUGUGCAUAGGCAAAACUAUAGAUUGCCUGAUGAUGUGUAUCAGACAGCUAAAUUAUCCAAACUCUUGCUGCUAAUGGAAAGUGGUGACGCUGAUUAUUACAAAGGCAAAUCUUUGGAUGAUAUUGAUUUAGAUUUAGAACAAGAUUUAUUACAAGAUACGCAUGAAGACAUUGAUCAAAAUAAUGAAAUAAUGGAAAACGAAGCUGUUAUGCCUACAGAAAACCUAAAUGAGCCGAAUAUUGACGCCAAUGUGCAUGACAGUACAUUAAAGACACCUCAGCUUUGUGAUAUUACGAAUUCUACUGAAAAUAAAACUAAGAAGAAACGAAACCUGAUUCCUUGGACAGCACAACAAAAAAAUAUUGUUACAAAGUUUUUUAGCAAACACAUAAAAAGUCAAGUACCACCAAAACGCCAUGAAUGUGAAGAACUGCGUGAUCUACAUCCUGACAUUAUGCACAACAAAGAUUGGUUGAAAAUUAAAGUUUUCGUACAAAAUGCCUACACAAAAGGAAAGAAAUAG